GAUCGGAAAUUGGCGAUCCGGGUCUCGAGGGUCGAGAGGUAGCUUUGGAUCAUUGGAGCGAAUCAGACGGGGACACAAAGUGAGAGAAAGCGGAAGCGGUUCUGUCCGGCGGCCGGUGGGUUCAGAGCAGGACCGACGUUGAUGAAGAGAGUCACUCCCUUUCUCUUGCUUUCUCUCUAUCUUCCGGUGCGGACUACGCUACUACGAAACUGGACGGAGGAAGGGGGGCGACCUAGGUUUCUAAUGAAACUGGUUGGCGGGUUUGAGAGAUGGGGCCCAGACAUAUCGCGGCUUGCUGAUGAUGGGCGACCGGACCACCGUCACAUGAAUGUGCGGGUCUUGCAGGCGGAGUGAGAUGCUGGGGAAUACAGGGAAUCAUACACGGUGG